CGUGUAGGCGCACUGUUCAUCGGGCCAGCCUCCUCCACGCCUCCCCCGCUUCAUCUCUCCACUCCAUCCAACCAAACAACCGCAUUAUUCCUUUUUUUUUUUUUUUUGGUUUAUCCGUGCCAACGUGAGGAAGCGUGCCCGCGUUACCGACGUGGUGUAUCGCCUCCAGGCUGCAGCGCCGCGCGAAAAAAGCAACACACGAUAUCAAUUUGAGAUAAAAAAAACUUAAGGCAUGCCAUCCGUAUCGACUGGAAAGACAUUGUUUUGGGUAGAAAAUCGCUUCGUUACUUCUUGAGUCGACGCGAAAAGAAGUUGCAGCAAUGGAGCGGACGCGUAACCACGACGCCGGAGUCACGUACUUGGGGAAAGCCGACGAAAUUGACGGAGUUUACGAUCUGGAACAUCUGGAACAUCUGCCGCCGCUACUCGAGGAUGAGGAGAAUGUGUCUCUGGCCGACAUCCUGUCUCUGAGGGACUCUUGUCUUUCGGAGGACGAGGUGUGGGCCGUGUGUGGGGAGUGUGCUCUGGCGCUUCAGAGCAUCAGCCAGUCCCAGCUCUUCCACUCUCUGUGCAUCACCCCCGACACUCUGGCCUUCAACGCCCAUGGCAACGUGUGCUUCAUGGAGCAGCUCAGCGAUGACCCAGAGGGCAGCUUCGUCCCUCCAGAGUUUGACAGCACUGGCAGCACAUUCGAGGGCCAUGUCUUCUCCCUGGGCUCCACUCUCUCGGCUGCUCUGAGCUUUGUGAUCGAGCCCGAGCUGGAGGCAGAUCUGGGGCAGGAGCUCUCGUCUCUCCUGGAGCAGAUGCAGCAGGAGCAGCCCGAGGACAGACCCAGCCUCAAGGACGUCUUGUCUCUCGCACAGUCCCACCUGUCUCACACCUCCUCCACAGCUGUGUGCAGAAGACUGUCCUCUGCAGGCAGAAGAGUCCUCUCCAUCGAGUCAUUCCAAGAUGGAGCAGAAGGCUCAUGGGAGGCGAGGUGGCAGCGUCCCAAACCCAGAUGUCUGGUCAAAAGACUGAGCUCAGAGGAGAAUGACAAAGACCUGAGCUCUGAUAGUCCCGUUAAGACCAACGGUUUGUCACGGCAACAGGUGUGCACGGGCUGGGACUCCUCUCUGUGGGCCGAGGACAUGGACAGCGGCAUCGGACACAGCAUCAACUUCCGGGACGAGCUGGACUUCCGCUCUUUCGACAGCUCCCCGGUGAUGAGACGUUCCCAGGCCAGAUGUAACCGAAUCCGAGGAGCUCUCAACCGCUCCUGCUCCGUCCCCGACUCCAACAACCCGCCUCUGCUGUCCCCCAAGUCCUGCGGAGACAUCAGCGUCCCCGUGUCCGACCUGAGUGAGAUCGGAGGGGACGAGGACCAGCCGAAAUCCAGCUGGAAAAUGGAAAGGCUGAACCGGGGAAGCUCCUGUGAAUGCUACACUGUCAGCACAAUUGAAGACUACAUGAACUCUACGCUGGGAUGUUACAAUUCCAGGGAGAGCCUAAACGAACCGCUGCAUAUCGAGGAGGUGAACAGAGAGGACGAGAGGGAGGAGGAAGGAGAGAGGGAUUUACCAUCUCUUUGUGGUUCCUGUCAGGAUCUGGAGCAGGAUUCGAGUGGGAAUUCUCUAAAUAACGGGCUGUGCACAAAUAACCACAUGACCAAAAGUAUGCUGUGUCUCAACGAAGAGUCUCAGGAUGAGUGGAUUUCCCUGCGUGAGCUGCUGACUCGCUGUGGUCGGAGGCUGAGUGUGAAUGAGCUGUGGGCCCUGUGUUACACCUGCCUGUCCUCUCUGCAGACAUACAUCGACUUCCCAGCGUAUCUUUCCCUGGACACGGUGUAUGUGGGCUGUGAGGGGGAGGUACUCUUCUUAAAGCCAAAAAACAUAGGUUACUGUGAUGAAUUCUACCUUGCCCCUGAAUAUCAAGAACACGGAAUAGUCACUGAGAAGGUGUGUAUCUAUGGCAUCGCUGCUAUCCUGUGGGCUACGGCAAAGUUCAAUUUAUCGGCGAAUCAGAAGCUGGCCAUGCCCCGUAAACUGAAGAGGCUUUUACUGGAGAUGGCCAAGAGGACGCCCAUCGAGAGGCCGACUAUUGUCUCAGCUAAAAAGACUUGUCGUGACUACUUAUCACGUCAGGGGACCAGCGCAGAGACGGUGUGGGACAGGCUCAUACAAAGAGUGCACAAGCCGGCGUCGAAAUAUAUAGAAGACGAUUUGAAAACAAGUGAUACUCAACUCUCAAAUGAAGACUCCUCACAAGUCAACGGUGGCUUUGUGCCCAUGGCCACUGAGAGCCGACUGGCUCCUGUACCUGGCCCUAUUCCCCACAGUUAUCCAGUCGACAGAGAACUACAACUCCCAGAAGCCUUCACUUCCACCGCCACUCACUUCACCCCCAUCAUUCUGACCAGCCAGGACGCAGCGGAGAAGAGUCCCAGUGUUGGAGAUGAGCUGGAGGGGUACAUGGAGGGAUUCAUAGACAGCAGCGAGAACAUUGAGGAAAUCGGCCUAGACCCAUCUUCCAUCUCUGAAGAUCCUCCUGUAGAUCCUGCCUCUUGCCCUACUGCAGAAAAGCUCGACUGUCCAGCUAAAGAUGCAACUCUUACUUCAACUGACCCACCCCCAAAUGACGCAGCUCCGGCGACCUUUGACUCCACCCUCCCUGAAGUCUCUCAUAUCGAAGUCUCUCUACCUUCAUCUUUAAACUCAAACCUCAAUAACUGUGGUGUAUUCAACAAUUACCUCUUUCGACAAGAUCCCAAAACUGGACAGCUUUUCCUGGUCCCCGUUCAAAUCCGAGCUCCUGAUUCUGUACCGGGUCUGGAAAUAAACUUAUCUCUGGUGCCUCCGUCUUUAAAGGGACUCUUAGCAAAUUCACAAAUCAAUGAUAGCAGUAGCUUCAAUGCUCCUCCAGGUCUGAAAAACGGGCUAGACGCUUUAGAUAACAGUUGUAGCUUUUUAAUUGAUAAUAAAGGCGAGAAUGGACAAGCUAAAAGACAGACUUCAGCCUGCGUGUCUCCAGAGGUCCACCCGGCUCUACAGGAGGUGAUCGACCUGCUCAAAGGGGAGUUUACGCUCAACACCGGGUUGGACAACGGACACGAGGACAUCGCAAUGGGGGAGUACAUCUUCUCUCUAAAGGAGCUGGAGUUGUCCGUGUUUGCCGACGUGGUGAGGCAGAGGUUCAGCGACCUGUACUGGGACGAGGAUCUGCUGGGAGUCCUGCACUGUCUGGUCAACUACAGCUCAACCACCAUCCCGUACCGGAGCAGCAAUGAGCAGGCGGCUUCAAAGGCAGUGAAAAGAGCGUCCCGUAUUGAAGCAGCUCCCCCUGGUGGCUGGAGAGAGGAGCGCAGAGAGCUGUGCCUGGAUCUCAAUGGAAACAUCCACACCGCGGCUGAAACCGACGCACGGGACACAUGGGACCAGGCUGAGCUCCGGACCGGUCAUGGAGAAGAAAACCAAACGGAAGACUGUGAACUAGGAGCAGAGCAGAGGCAGAGAGGCAUUUUUCAAGGCUUGAGCACGGACAGUUCAGACACCGUUCUGAUGGAGGGCGGGGAGCAUUCGGCGGGGGGCAGCGAUGAAAGCCCCUCUGAAGCCGAGCUAGCGCUGGGCAGAGACGAGGCAUCCAUGGACCUGGAGGACAGCGACUCGGGGGCGUCUGACAGGCGGCUCUCCCCCGGGACGGUGAGGGGUUUCGGGGCGGAGGGAGCGGGGCCGUGCCUGAGCUCCGCCUGGGACCUGGCCUUCUACGAGGAGCGGCGUUUCAGUGGAGAGGUGGUGAAAUAUGCAGUGGACCUGGGGCAGCACACGGGGGGAGCGGCUUGUGUGGACGUGAAAACGCAGGAAGUGCAGCAGCAGUUGAUAAUUGAGACGAGAAAUCUGAAGAAAACAAGAAAUUUCUAUCACAAGUUACUCCAACAAGAGAGAAAGAACAAAGGCUCUGACAACAAAGCGAUGCUGAGCAAACUGAAGACUCAGCUGGAGGAGCUGCGGUCCAGAGUGAUUUUCCUGGAAAGUGUCAAGAAAUACCUUGAGGUUCUGAGCAUUGACCAGUGGGGGUUGGAGGUGUCACUGCUGCCCUCUCUGGCUGAUUGUGGAGCUGACGGUCUGGAGCUGCAGUCUUCAGAGGAUUCUUCUGUUUUGUCCUUCAGCUGCAGUAAAGGGAUGAGCACUCUGCAGCUCGGCUCGCCUCUCGGACUCAUGGCUUACCUCUUCGCCAGAAAUGCAGCUAUGGAGGGCUACAUCCAGCAGUUCUUGUACACUUUCCGUUACUUCUGCAGCCCAGAGGAGCUACUACAGUUUAUAAUGGACAAGUUUAUGAGCGCUGCAAGGGAGGGUCCGGACUUGUCUGGGGACAGUCUGAAGGUUUUCCACAGAAGCCUGGACCUGCUGCAGCUCUGGGUUUGUCACUGUAAAGACGUGGACUUCACAGGGAGGAGCAGCCUGAUGGAGACUAUAGAAAACUUUAUCAACACGCAGGUGAUCCCGGUGGACAGUCGCGGGGAGGCCCUUCUCUCGACUCUGCACAGCCCCCCUCAGACCACCUCUGCCCAGUGCACGGGCAGUCAGCUCAGUCUGGUGGAGGAGGACGACCUGGUCUGUCUCCACUCGUCCACCGAGGAUCUGGGCAAAAGGUGGCGUAUCUCUCGUGUGGUGGAGCCCUCCCCCUCUCUGCCCAAAGACAAGUCCUUCUCCAUCGCGGCCGCUCUCCCCGUGCCCUGUUACAGCUCUCUGUUUGAGGACCUGCCCAGCUCGUGUGUGCACAGUGAGGAGAGGCUGCCCUUCUGCCAGAGCGAGUACAGCCCACAGCACCUGGCCCAGCAGCUCACGCUCAUAGAACAGGAGAUUUUCCGAAGGUGUCACCCAAUUCAUUUUCUGAACUCCAGGACACAGGGGGUCACAGACAACGCCCUGAGCACAAACAAAAACGUGUCGUCCCCGGCGUGUCCAGCAGAGGGCAGCGGCGCUCUGUCUGCGGACCACAGCUCCCUCCAGCAGCUGCUCGUCCACUCAGACCUCGUGUCUCACUGGGUGUGUGCCGAAGCGCUCCUGUGCGACUCCCUGAAGACUCAAGUUGCUCUGCUGACCAAGUAUCUGUGGAUCGGAAAACACUGUUACGAGUCCAGAAACUUCGCCACCGCCAUGCAGAUCCUGGGAGGCCUGGAGGACGUGAUCGUCAGGCAAUUACCCGCCUGGAAACACCUGCCUACGAAGGUGUGUGAAAUCCUGGAGGAGCUGAGAGCCGUGCAGGUGUUUCUGAAGAGCGAUGACCUGUGUCUGAUGGGAGGGGACCACACGAGGAGGAGGCCCACUCUGCCCUGCGCUCACAUCCUGGCUCUUCACGUCCAGCAGCUGGAGAUCGGAGCGUUCAAACUCACCACCGGAGCGUACAAGUGGAACAAGCUCAGGAGGAUAGCGAAGGUGGUGAGCCAGAUCCACGCGUUCCAGGAGGCCGUGUUUCCCUACAGCUCGGACCGGGACCUCCAGUCGUACCUGCGGGUCCGGAUCGCGCGCAUGGGCUCCGCGGACAUCCACCAGCUGGCCUCGGGAAACCAGGCCAACUUCCAGCAGACCAGCGAGCGCCAAACACGGAGGAUCCACGACACGCUGCGGAGGGUCAAGGCCAGCUUCCAGUGAGCUCUGCCCCGAAACGAGAGCUCCGACGGCGGCGGGGCAAGAGCGUACAGCUGCAGCCUCUGGACCCGAACCUCCAGACUGGACCUGCGCAGACCAGAGAACUAUUUUAACAAGUGCUUGUUUUGAAACGCACUUACACAGAGACUGUAUUCUAAGAUUGCACAUUAUAUAUAUUUUGCUGAACAUGUGUUUUGAGAAAUGGUACAAGUUGAAAAUACACUCUAUAUUGUGUUCAAAAGUAUUUUUAUUUUACCAGGAAAGUAAGAACUUGAUUUAUAUUUGAGUCCUGCCCCAUAGGUAACUCACUGGAGCAACAAAAGCACCCAAAACUUUGCAAACUUUGGCCCAACCCAGCCCAGGAAUCAAACUUCAAAACCAUAUAAGGUUACGUUCAGACUGCAGCCUGAAGUGACCCAAAUCAGAUUUUUUUGCAACCUGUAUCUGAUCUUUUAAUGACAGUCUGAACGACACAGAUCUGAUUUUUUUUCAAAUGCGACCCAGGACACUUGGAUAUGUGCUCCUAAAACCGAUACAUAUCCGAUCUUUUGACAUGCGACUUCAGUCUGAACGGCCAGGUCACAUUCAUCCCACCUACACGUCAGGCUCGGAGUCUAGUCAAUGGAGGGAAAGCGAGGUUAACGAGUUAAUUAAUAUUUUCGAGGAUUGCUGUAUUCAGGCCAAAUUGGAGGAGCCUUAUUGGAACUGGGCAGUUUUUGAAAUGAUUGCCGAAGAAAUGUCCGAGCGCGGCUACAGGCGGUCCUGGCUCCAAUGUCAACGAAAAAAUAAAGAGCCUGCGAGCCAAAUACAAAGAGGCUAAAGACUCAUACAAAUGAAGCGGCCGUGGACGUGUAACCUGUCUGUUUUACAAAGAACUGGACCAUAUUUGGUGGUGUGUGACAUCGUUGUGUCCUCCAAUGCACAUGCGGGACACUUUAGGGGCGUUUAACUUUCACACUGGAGAUCACAGACCAGUCGCAUUUAAAUGGAAAUGUGAACGACCUCGCGAAAAAGUCAGAUUUCACAAAUAAAAUUGAGCAUUAAAGGUUGUAUGGAGGAUUUUUUGUUUGUUUCAAAUUGUCAGUGAAAGUUUAAAACACCAUUACAGAGACGCAGCAGCCUUGGAAUUAUGAUGACCAAAAAAAAAAGAAAGAAAAUCUAUCAACUGUGGACGUGUUGAGGCCAGAUAAACAUCAGCCAAUAGAAAACGAGGCUGCCUCAUUUUCUAUUGGCUGUCAGGUUGUCAUUCAAACUCCCUACGUUUCUAAGGUAACUAUGCAGCGGGUCUUAGAGGCUUUUCCUAAUUGUGGCUCUCUCGCAGUUCGCAUAAAGUUUGUUGCAAUGGCGGACGAGAAUCCACGACCAGUUCGCCGCAAAAGAAAGUCGUUUUUUUGACGUCGGUGAAAGAAGGAGAAAGGAGAAAAGGAAUGAAGACAAACUGAGGUGAUUCUUGGAGAUUCCUUCCAGCGACUGAAGCAGACGAAGGGUCUAAAAACUGAGGUGUCGGUCUCUAAAUUAUUUCUAGAGGGACCUGUGGAGGAGGAAGGUGGUGUCACGCAUGCACUACAUUUUAAAAAGGACUGUCGCUGGAUUUCUCUUUCCUUAAAAAAAAUCCUCUAUACAACCUUUAAGCCCUGCAGUCUGAACAUAGCCCGAGCCACCAUGCCACCAGAUAAGAGUAUCCACGAUAAGUAAACAUGUUUUUGUACGUGGUUUGUUACAUUGGUGGUUUUCUGAUUCUAUCCGGUUGAUACUUUGCAGUGAUGUCAUGCUGGGGGUGUUCUACAUGUAUGUCUAUGGUGGAAUGUUCAGAAGUUUCCAUGCUGACACAAUGCACAUAUUAGCAAAGACUGUCAAAAAGAUUUAAAACUCAAGAAAAAAUACAAAAUGGAUUCAAAUGGUACAUUUUCAGGAGCCUGUGAUCAAUGCGAGCGUUCAUUUGUUUUUGAUUAUUUUUUUUAGGCUUGUGACUGUAAUUUUAUAUACGAGAAGUAGUUUACCAACACAGAUCAGCUCAGUUAUUAUAGUUCCAACUCACUGUUUUACUUAUGGUCAGAUUGUGUUCAAAUAAAGCUCAGAUUAAAGUCUAACUAAGUAUCAGAGCUUCAGACAGAGCAUUGUCUACAAUUAGCAUCACACCCCCAGGGAAUAUUGAUGACAUCAGCCGCAAAGUAUCAGUAGAACUUUGUCAUGUUUAGGGUGACCAGAUGUCCCUAUUUACCCAGGACAGUCCCACUUUUGAGCACUGUGUCCCCUGUCCCAGCAGAUUUAUACAAAACCAGUGAUUUGUCCCAGUUUUACAUUAGAAAUGCCCCAAAUGUCCCUAUUUUGGACCAAUUUGAUCUCCACGAGAACUAUACUAAGAUUAAACCAGGACUACAUCAGGUCUAAACCAGGUCUAAAACACGAUUAUCACAAUUUUUGACUAAUCUCGUCCCUGCCAACAGUAAAGAGGAGCAUAAAUUGUCAUUUGUUACACCAAAAUACAGAGAACCGUGUCUGCAAAUGACCAUAAAGCAGAAAAAUGCAGCGACAGAAGCCCCUCAGAUUAUGACAAUUUUACACGCUGCUUUCACAAAUUUAUUUAUACACUGCAAAAACAAAAUGUAGCCAAGUUAAGAUGACUUGAAUUAAGAGAGUUUUAUCAUGAUUCAAGUACUUAAAAUAAGAAAAACAACAACUUUUUGCACUUAAAAUAAGAAACAAAAUCUAAUGUUGUGUGAAUUAAGAAAAACACUCUUGUUGCAUUGGUAGAUAAUUUUACUUGUCAAGCUGAAUAAAGUAAAAUGUUCUUAAUUUAAGUCAUUUUAACUUAACGUAUUUUUCAGACUAUAAGUCGCUCUGGAGUAUAAGUCGCACCAGCCAAAAAAUGCAUAAUGAAGAAGAAAAAAAAACAUAAGUUACACUGGACUAAAAGUUGCACUUUUUGGGGGAAAUUUAUUUUAUAAAAUCAGGGACCAGGAACCAACAUUUUAUCUUGAAAGGCAAGUUACAGUAAAAAACAAUAGAACAGAGAACAACAGGCUGAAGAUGCGUUAAUAUGUUAACGUAACAUUAACAAUUAUUCAGAUAACUAUAGCAUAAACAACAGAAUAUAAGUUUACCAAACUCUCCAUCUCACUCCAAAUCACUAAAUCCAUUGAAUCCAUUGAAUUCUUCAUCCUCAUUGUCACUCCUAGCAACUUCGGUCAUCACUGAAGUCCAUGCUUCCAGGAAAGUUUGAUGGUCCACCUAGGUUGUUGUGAAGCUGUGUUCUCCAUCCCCGCUUUCUGCCAGUUCCUCACAAGUUUCUCACUCACUCCAAACUUUCUUUCUGUUGUUUUGUUGUUUCUUUUCUGCUGCAUAUUUCACUACUUGCAGCAGGACAGUGGCUUUUUCUACAGGAGAUAUGCACAAGCCUAGAGCCUCUUGCGGCUGUCAAACUGAAAAUUUUAAUAUAUAAGUCGCACUGGAGUAUAAGUCACAGGAAACACCCAAACCAUGAAAUAAGAGCGACUUAUAGUCUGAAUAAUACAGUAGCUAGAUAUUGUUUUGUUUUGUUUUUUUUUCUUCCCCAGUGUACCAACAAUCCCAACCCAGGUGUGUCCCAGUUUACAACUUUGAAAGUCUGGUCACUCUAGUCAUGUCAUCCUGAUAACCAUCAAUACAAGCUUAAAAAAUGUAUUGUAAUAAAACAAAAUUAGACUACUUUACUGUUACUUGGUGUUAUAUUGACUACUACAGUGAGACACAAAAACUUUAAAAUACAUUUCAGUGUGGGUUUACAUCAGUGUCUUGCCCAGGGACCCAACAGAAGCAGGUGGGUGAGGUCUGAACCGGCGAAUCUCCUGUGCUCGUUCUUUAAGUUACCUCUACAGAACUCAGGACCGGCUCAAAACGAAACCCCGGCGUUUGACCUUGUGGACAGAUUUAAGUUCAGCAAAAGUCUUCGUUUGUCUGUUUACCCGGUACAGCAGC